CUCACAUGUGCCUACUGCUGACCACAUCAUUUUAUAACUCUUUUCUUCACAGACCAGCCCUUAAUGUGUUAUGAAACCUUCCUUAUCUCUUAGCACAAUGAUCCAGGCAGCUCUAAAUUCUCAGAGAAGCUGAAAACAUCAAGAGUGUGUAGAAGAACUGAUGUGUCUGCUUCAGGAGGCAACCAACACAUAAACUGGCACGUUGUCUUCGUCUGUUAACGCUACAAGAUUUAUGAUGAUUGGGACGGUGGUAAUUGGAAUUGGAAUGGCAGGAUCUGUACGGAUCAGAGACUUGCUGAAUCCUUUGCCGUCCAGUCCUGCCGAACACCUGAAACUGCUGGGCUUUGUGUCUAGGCGAUCUCUUGGCAAGGUUCAAGAAGUGAAACAAAUAAGUCUUCAAGAAGCUCUGAACAGUAAUGAAGUCAAUGCAGCCAUCAUCAGUACAGAUAACCAAAACCACAGUGAAAGUGUCAGGAUGUGCCUAGAAGCUGGAAAACAUGUCCUUGUUGAAUACCCCAUGUCAUUGUCUGCAAAGACAGCACAUGAGCUCUGGGGAUUAGCUGAGCAAAAAGGUAAAAUCCUUCAUGUGGAGCAUAUUGAGUUACUGACAGAAGAAUACAAACAACUAAAGAAAGAGGUGGAAGGGAAGGAACUUGUGAAGGGAACAUUACAUUUCACAGGUGGUCCACUGAAUGAAGAGCGUUCAGGCUUUCCAGCUUUUAGUGGGAUUGCCCGCCUCAGUUGGCUGGUCGACCUUUUUGGAGACCUCACAGUCACUUCUGCCACAAGGGAAGAGCAGAAAGAAAAAAAUUAUUCCAGAAUGACCGCACAUUUCUUGACUGCAGAUAAGAGGCCUCUGACUUGGAUUGAAGAAAGGGCACCAGGGAUGAAAAGGGAUAAGACCAUAAACUUCUGCUUCAAAACUGGGUGCUUGGAGAGGCUCCCAGAUGCUCCUCGUGCAGCUGUGGGCAUCUUCAUGCAAGACCUAAUCCUCUUUGCCAAAAAGUUGCUGGGCCAGGUUUCCAAGGAGGAACUGGCCGCUGAGAAGAGACGUAUUCUGCUAUGUCUUGAGCUUGCCGAAAAGAUUCAAAUGCACUGCGAGCAGCCACAAAACAUCUACUCUUGAAACUGCUUUGGAAUACUGGAUUAGUCACCUAGAACUACUGCUUCUUGUUCUCUAUUUUUUCCUACAAUUUUCCUCUCAUUUGCCAAGCUUCCUAUUAUAACUAGUAAGAGCUUUCUAACAAGUAUGAAACACUCCAAGCCUUCUGUGUUGCUUUAGGUUUAUUUUAACCUGGCAAAGCAAGAUACUAUACAACUAUUACCCUGCCUUCAUGCAUGAUACCUUUAUAAUCAAAAUCUAGUGAACAGAUGUCCAGAUAUAUUACUUCAGAUACAGGUGCUAUGGCAGCAGUUUGCCUUUUCAACAGAUUAUAUUUUUUAUGAAUUAUAUGGAUUUCAACUAAAAAUCUUCCUUAUUUGCACAAUAUGUCUCGGAUUUCUUUUCUGUUUUUCAUUUUUACACUUAGGGCUUUAUGCUUUUAUAGUUUAAAAUCUUUAUAUACUUUGACUUCUUGCACUUUUCUAAUUAUUGUGGGCCUCUUCCCAAUAUAAGAAUAUGGGGGUGAUUCUGCAAAUUGUCUUCAUUUACGAAAACAAUCCAUGAUAGCAGAAUGACACUGGAAAAUGUAAUUCUGAGUUACAUUUUCUUGUUUCACUCUUGAGGAAGUCUUAGUUGAAUCAAUGAGUGUGACUUUUCCAGCUAUUGUGCAGGAUGGAAUCUCGAUACUAGUAAGUCUUUUGAAUAUUACUGAAGUCAGAAAAUAACAUUGCUUGGGGCUGAGGUUUUUUCUUCUGAAAUAUUAUAUGUUUCUUGUGCUAAUCUAUGACCGAAAUAAAUGAUUUGAUUUGAUAUAUUGGGAUAGGAAUUAUGUAGCCUUCCAAAUGCUGCUCAACUGCAGCUCCCAGCAGCCCCAACCAGGAUAGUGAGGAAUGCUGGAAAUUAGUACAGGAUGCUGAGAAUUGCAGUUCAGAGCCAUCUAAAGGGUCACAUGCUUCUUGCCUUGGUAGGUAACUAGCUGAGAUAAAGAUGUAAGUUGCACAGUGCAAGUAUCCCUAAAACACAUAUUUAUAUUUUAUGCAGUUUGAAUGCGACUUGAAGAUCAAAAACUUCUCUAACAGUUUGCUUACUUGGCCUCAUGCCAAAAUGAAACUUGAGAUUCCAGGACCAUGUUUUGAUCCUGCUGGUUGCCUUCUUGGAGCUAAUUCAAUCUUCAUUUGAUAAAGUUCAUAACUAAAGAAUUUUGCAUUGUAAAUUUUGUUUCUGAGUGCUUGUGUGUGGUGGAAACUUGAAAUGCCACUUCAGAUACACUCGAUAAUGUCCUGCUAUUGUGAUAUUACUUGUGCCUGUAGUCAACUUGAAGGGGAGAAAAGAA